CAGGACGGGUGGAGGGAUGUGUGCGCGAGCGGAGAAGGCGGUUAUCGUGCCCGGGAACGGCGGGGACGUGUACAACAGCAACUGGUACGACUGGGUCAAGAGCCAUCUGGACAAUAUUCCAAAUUUCAAGUGCACACUGAAAAACAUGCCAGAUCCAGUUCUGGCCAGAGAGAACAUCUGGAUUCCCUUCAUGCAUGAUGAGCUGCAGUGUGAUGAGACAACCAUUGUGAUUGGUCACAGCUCCGGGGCUGAAGCUGCUAUGAGGUAUGCUGAACAGUACCAGGUGUUUGGUAUCAUCUUGGUGUCUGCAUGUGUCACAGACUUGGGGGAUGAAAAUGAAAGAGCUAGUGGUUAUUACAGCCGACCCUGGGAGUGGGACAAGGUCAAGGCCAACACCAGAUGGGUGGUGCAGUUUGGCUCCCGGGACGAUCCAUUCAUUCCAUGGGACGAGCAGCAGAAGGUUGCGCAGGGACUCAGUACGGAGCUGCACAAGUUCACCAACAGGGGGCACUUCAUGUCAUACGACUUCCCAGAACUCGUGGAGGUGGUCAAGACCCACGUGGAUCAAUAAUCAAUAACUGAUUAAUAAUCAAUAGCUGAUCAAUAAAUAAUCAAUAAUUGAUCUGUAGAUAUGUGGCCGAUAUUCAAUUAAAGGUACACGUACAGGGGUGGAUAAAUAUUCAAGCCAACCAACAUUCAGUCAAACCUGUGUAUAGUGACCACUUGAAGAAAACACAGUAGACAGGAUUCACGAGUCAACUUGGGAGAAAUAAAUAAGAGAACCAAAAAGUGGCACAAUGGCCAGGUGGAGGUUAUGAAGAGGCGGGCUCUGGUACAGGUUUGACUGUAUAUCAAUGACCAGGUGGGCCUCAUGCAAAGAUGAUCUCUAGUACAGGUACUGUACUUGUACUGUAAUCAUCCCUCACUGAGAAGGGAAACUAUGCAGCAGCAGUUUCACAAGGAUGGAUGAUUGCAGUGCAUUUAGCCUGUCAGUUGACAGAAACACUAUCCUGUAUAGCCAGAUAUCCAUCCUGUUCUGAGCACAGCUAGAGUGAGCACCCAGUAAUGCUAGUCUUCCAACUGUUAUAACAUGCUGUAGAGAACAACUAUAGUCAUCUACUGAAAUUGGCUACAGUUCAGUGACUAAUCAAUGGCUCACAGCUGUCGAUUGUUACAUCUUGAGUGUAGGCAACUGUACUGUUGUUUUAUAUACUAACUAUGAUGUUCUAGAUACAUGUGCUAACUUUCAAAAGAUCUUGUGUCAAAUGUAUAUUUACCUCAUAGAUAAAGCAAUACCUAUAAAGUCUUGAAUAAAGUUGCAGACACUGUGCAUUCUCCCUGAUGCCCUGUGGUGAUUUUUAAAAAUAGAAAAACUGACAAGGAAUAUUUAGGAAGACCAUAAUUUAUUUUCACCAUUUGCAACAUGUACAGAAACUUCAUUAAACUACACGUACAGAUGUCAAGACAGUAGCAAGUGUACCACGAUGCUAUGUGCCAGUUCUACACAGACUAAGCAGUGUCACCCUGCGGGCAUCUAUACAUAGUUUCCCAAAGGCUGUCGCAUUUCCAUUUCUGUGAAUUUCCCAUCUUCAAUACACACAAAAAUAAACGGAGUCUUGUGUUUUCUGCUUGACAUUUUCUAUAGGCACUCUGUGCGUGAGCAUACUUCAUGAAUAAUGCUCUCUCAUCCCUGCAUUUGGCAUCUGUUUGGACCAGCAGCAGUCUGCUUUGGUUUCCGCCAUACCUCCUGAAGCCCUCGCUGAGUCACAUACUUCUUGCGAUGGACUCUCGAUGGAAUGUUUUUCCGCCACAAUCGUGUCGUAGGUCGCAGAUUUAAGACGGAAAACGUGCGACAGUUUUAUGAAAUUAAAACUAUUGCACCUGUUUCUUCUCAAACUUACGACGCACGGAAUGAUCGUCGAAGGGAAAAAACUAACCAUGUAAGUCCAUCGUACGAUGUAUGUGACCGAGGCUUUACAACAACAUCGUCUAGAAGGGACCCUGCAUGAGACAGAAUUUUAAGUAUUUUCUUCGCUUUGGCAAAGUUAGGCAAAAAGUUGCAUUUGGCAAACGUAUGAUAUACGUCGACAGUGCUGUGCACGGUGGUCUUCAUCCAAUAGGUUUUCAAAUAGUAGGAAACACCAUAUGUACCCCGCUUUAACUCUGGACACCUUUACAAUGCCAUCUAAACAUCAGCUUGAAACACAUGGACAAGACCUGUGUAUCGGUGUUACAAUAAGGUGAACGUUUCCAUAAUAUCUACAGUUGAAAAUUGUCUGUGGAUGUGACGGCUGUUAGAAAAUGGUUAACAUUGUGAAUAUAGCGUGUGCAACUAAUACAGUGUCCUACUUGAACGUGAACUUCACUGUCAACAAACACAUCUGCAAAGCUAAAUGCUGACACCUGAUCACUUGAUGUAUGUAUAUUGCCAUAUAUCGUGCCAACAAAUACACAAGACUCACCUCUAGAUAAGGACACAGAACAACACGGUCAUCAUAGUAGAGGAUGCACAUCACUGUGUAUAAGUAAUAUGAAAAAUCUUUCCUUCUUGGGCAUUAUUUGAGACAAGCUGUUUGACACUGAAUUGUUGAACGUAAGUCGUGACAUUUCUUCAACUAUGCUGCGACAAUGUGCCUUAGGACGUGGCCUUGAAAAUACAGUAGACAUCCGCUGUACUCAACUAAUGCAUGCGUGUGUCCUGUGAAAUUCUUAUCAAGAAGGCAUCCUGUAACUUCUGUAAUAAGCGAAUUUACUUCCAACAUGUUCCUUGUCAAUUUGAGCUGAAGCUAAAAGUCGGUUUUGCCAUGUAGUAACUGCCAAAUCCAAAGUCAAACCUGUGAAAACGUGUCGGUGUUCUACUUCUUCAAAGGUUCACGUUCCUAUAUACAUUAUUAUUAUUUCUCCAUCAAAAAUUCUACACGAGCUGCAAUUUUCACGUCAACAGAUUUUGGAAAUUACGCGAUCUUCGUUGAGAUCCUGUACUGAAGACCUAUUGCACAUUCUGUGUUCAUAAAUACGCUCUAUUACUAUAUACUCUCUCAAUACACGGUGCUCUCUGCACUAUGAAUAAACUCUGUGCUAUC